UUCAAAUAAUACCUUUGGUUAAGCAAGUAAAAUAAUAUAGCAAGUACAAAAGAACAUGCCAAAAAUUAGUGAGUAUAAUGAAAAAGAAACUAUGAAAUUGGACGAAUGUUUCAAGGAAACAUUAGCACGUGUUAGACCUUUUGUCUUAGGAUUAACAUCUAUUGAAACUGCAGAAUUAUGUAAAAUUUGGCUUAACAAAUUAAAUUCUGUUACUUCGCAACGUCGCCUAAGAAACGAAUAUCUUACGGAAUUAUUUAGGCAGUUGAAGAUGGGACAUAUUGGAGGAAUAUUUAGUAGACCUCCACCUAAUGGAUUCCUUUUACCAUUACCUAAGUCGUAUCAUAUGGUACCUAUAUUAGACUUUAUGAAAUUUAUUGUAUUUAAAGAAUAAUCAAUGUGUAAUACAGGUUUGCAUUAGUUCAUCUGUAAGUAACUUAUCAGAUUAUACCAUGACAUCUCA